GGUAGCUCCUGUAGUCCUCUUGUUGUUGGCAAGGAUGUUAUUAUAAAGGAGAGCUGCAAGCAAGGACCGAGCCCUUCUGGGACUGUGUGUGACCUGUCCUGUCCACCAGGCUUCAAACUUGUUGGUCCGCCAUUCAAACAAUGUGGAAAUGCUGGGGUCUGGACGCCUUCCAGUGGACCAAUCAGUUGUCAAGAUAUUGAUGAGUGCAAAAACAAUAAAGGAGGCUGCAGUCAUGAAUGUGUGAAUGUCGAUGGUGGCUUUAACUGCACUUGUCCUGAGCCUCUGAAGCUGUCUGAUGAUAAUCGUAAUUGUAGAGCUCCUGGCCUACUCCUGAACUGCAGCACGCACGCUAUUGAAGUAACUGUCCCUAAAACAGCUCUGCGUGACUUACAAGGAGACUUCCUGCGUCUGAUGGAUCCCACUUGUCCCGUCAUCGAGACACCAACCCACUACAUCUUCAGAACUGCUUUGGACAAAUGUCAGACUAAGCGACGCAGCACGCCGAACUUUAUCGUCUACAGCAACAGAAUAGUGGAAAGAAACGUUGCACCUGGGAGUAUCAUCACUCGGGUCGGGGACGACGAGUUCGAUAUACCAUUCUGCUGUUACUACCUGAACAACGGGAUCACUUCUGCCGUAGGUAUAAAACCGGAAGUGAAGCAGCUCUACAUUGAAGAGGAUGGGUUUGGCCGCUUCUCAAUCCGCAUGGAUUUUUUUCACGGCCAAGACUAUCAAACUGCCUACUCGUGGGGAGAUUUUCCAAUAGAAACACCGUACCGAGAGCGGCUGUUCUUUGAAGUGUCCAUCGCUACCUUAGACCAAAGUCUGGAAGUCAUGGCAGCAAACUGCUGCUCCACUCCUACUGCUGACCACAACAAGGAACACAGGUUCAGACACGAGUUAAUUCAUGAAGGGUGUAUCGUGGAUGACACAGUUCAGAUGGAAGCUUCUCCUUCUCCUCAAAAGAAACGUUUCAGUGUGGAAGCCUACAAGUUUGUGGGAGAAUUCCCGUUCGUGUACUUGCACUGCAGUGUGGUUGUGUGCAGAGCGAGUGAUCCUGAUUCCAGGUGCUCCAAGGGGUGCAUCCCGGGGCUACACGUUAAUCCGCCCUACAGUGUCAUGGAGAAACUUAAGGAGGAAGCUGCGAAAGAGCACCGAACCAAGCGAGCCCUUGAUUAUAAAGAGCCUAGGUAUCUAAUCUCCAAAGGACCCUUUUCUUUGAAUGACGAAACUGCUAAUGAUGGGCCUGUGAUCGCUCUAAAAGGACCUCAACAGGACCAAUCAAAGCUGGAAGAGAAAGAUCAAGACGAAACAGUGGAAAAGAGAGAAGGGUGGAGCCCAGGCGUGACAAACGGUCUCAUGGUAGUUAUCGCUGCAGCCAGUGUUCUUGCUCUCGUGGGUGUUAUACACGUCACGCGCGUGAUGAAACGCGGCCGGGGCUACAAGGUGGUCAACCAAUCAUGAGCGAUAAAGUACUCUUCAAUCACUCUUUUUAAGGAAGGAUUUCUUCGGUUUUUGUGUUUUGCUGUUAAGGGAUGUGUUUUUAAAAUGCUCUUGUUUUUGUAAAACAAUACUAAUUGUCCAAAAUAUAUAUUUUUUUAUUUGUGCAAAGUGGGUGGUAUUGGGUAGCAAUACCUGUCUUUAAAUUUGUUCAAACCCACCAUAGAAAAUAGAAUUUCUUGCAGAUCCUCUUCAUAAAGGGCGCGUUCCAUUCAACCACAAUUUCCGUAAAUCGAAUGGAACAGAAAGUUUCCGGAAACUCAUUUCGAAAAUUUUGGUUAACCUCUCGAGAUUGUCCUUUCUUUCGGAAAUUUGGAAAUUCCGGAAAUUUCCUGUUUCAUUUGGCAUACAUUUCUACCCGGUAUAAAUCGGCCCUAGUUCCUCCAGCCGUAAAUAUUGCCUCGACCAAAGCUACAAGAUGACGACGAGUCGAUAUUACACUGAAUGCAAAACGAUCUGCCACAGUUCGAGCAUUUACUGAUUGCCUAUCCUCCACAAAAACGUUAGGAUCUGCUUUUCUGGAAAAUUGUGGACUGGUCGUUCCGAAUUUCCUGUGGGUAUUUGCCCGGUUUGCAUAACCUCCCGCGAGAAAAGUUUGCAAGUUUCUUAUCACACGAAAAUAAUUCUUGAGUCGGUUAGGUAGAUCUCUCGGAAGAGUUUACUUAAAAUAAUCGUGAAUGCGUGUAAAAUUUCUUCGCAUGAAGCAGCUUACUGCACUUACGACUGCCAAUUCAUCAUUAUCCUUCGCCAUUUUGUCGAGGAAAUCAUUGUGGCGGGAAAUGUGCCCAACGGGAACAAAACGAGAUCGAUCUGGCCUGGUGGAAAAUACCAUUCCAUUCGGCAAACGAAAAUUUGGGCAAUUCAAACCGGAAUUUUUGGUCGAAUGGAACGCGCCCAAAGAGUUCCUAAAAAGAUAAAAAUUGGCUGAUUUUUGGAGAAAGGGAGUUAAUAAGCUCCUGACAUGCACUCUGUCUUGUUAUUUGUAUUUUUCUAUAGUUAAAGCUUAUUUAUUCCUGUAGAGCGACAACCUUUUGCAAAGUACAAACUAUUUUCUUGUUUCUGUGAGGAAUGACAGUAACUGAUUUGAAAGAAAGUUAAUAUCAUUAGGCUGGACUAGCCCGCUCUUUAAAAGAACAAAACCAGCUCCCGCCAUUGCGGUCUUUCACAAUUUAAUUCUCUAAUUUCGAAGGCUCAGUGUAUCAAAAUAUGUCCAUACCCCUAUGUUCUUUACAAUUGUAUUCAAGCUCUAGUUUAGGAUUAUAGUCAUUUUUAGAUGGACAUCUACUUUUCCAGUCGGUUAGGAAUGUAAUGAACUUUGUUGCGGUUUCUGGUGAUAUAUACCCGAGUAGACAGCUGUAUUGUGUAAAACUGCAUCAUAUAGUAACACCCUAAAUAAAAUUUUGUUUCUUUUUAAA